AUGGUCAAGAAGCGUCGAUUCUUCGGGAUGCAGCUUGCAGAGACAACAAAAUUCGGCGUCACCGGACGUCAAGAUGGCUGCGGUUUAGAGCAGCAGCCAACUGGCCAAACGACAAAGGACGUGGAUGAGCACGAGAAGAAAGAUCCCUAUGCGACUGGGACAGGCAUUGAGAUUGAUGCUGCGACUAACAAGCGCCUGUUUUGGAAAAUCAACCGCCGCAUCCUCGUUAUCCAGCUGGUGACGUAUUUCUGCCAGUCAUUGGACAAGGGAACUUUGAACUUUGCCUCCAUUAUGGGAAUCAAAACGGAUGCGAAAUUGGUUGGACAAGAGUAUCAAUGGCUCGGCACGAUUCUAUACAUCGGUAUCCUCGUCGGAGAGUACCCGCAGAACUUCCUUUUACAAAAGCUUCCCUUGGCCAAGAUGCUGUCCGUCAACGUCUUUAUUUGGGGAGUUGUGGUCUCAUGUUCAGCCGCUUCGACCAACUUUGCGUCUCUGAUGGCUGUCAGAUUUCUGCUCGGUUUCUUCGAGAGCUGUGUACAGCCGGCGAUGAUGUUGCUUACGAGUAUGUGGUAUACCAGGGAGGAACAGUCCCUCCUCAACUCUUUAUGGUAUUGCAUGUCUGGCGUGCAGUUGAUGGUUGGUGGACUACUGGCCUUCGGCGUCUCGCAUUACACUGAUGGUCCCAUCAAGAACUGGCAGCUCUUAUUCCUUGUUCUCGGCAUCGUCACUUGUGUUUGGGCAGUCUUCAUCGGCAUCUUCCUCCCCGACAGCCCCUUGACGGCCAAGUGUUACAGCGAAGAAGAGAAACGCUUGAUGAUCGAAAGAGUGCGACACAACGAAACCGGCAUCCAGAACAAAGAGUACAAGAAGUAUCAAAUCGUCGACGCGUUGACCGACCCAUUCGUUUGGUGCUGUGUGUUGCUCAUCACGGUUGCAAACCUCGUCAUCGGUGGUCUAGGAGUCUUCUCGAACUUGAUCAUCCAGCAAUUUGGGUUUUCGCUAUUGCAGACUCAGCUUCUGAACAUUGCUCAAGGUGCUUGGUUGAUUGUUGCCAUGAUCGGGUCCGCUCAAGCAUCCCAAAGGUCGGGACAAACAUGCCUAAUGAUGGUUCUCUGGACCAUUCCUGCAAUUGCUGGCACUGUCGUAAUCCUUGUCGUCACUCCGAACUCGUCCAACGCUGGUGGAAUGCUCAUCGCAUUCUACUGCACUCAGUUCUUCUGCGCCCAGGGGAAUAUGAUCAUCUCGCUUAUCACAAGAAACAUUGCUGGCCAGACGAAGAAGGGAAUCACCAUGACCAUGGUUUUCAUCGGAUGGUCGGUGGGUAACCUCAUUGCUCCGCAAAUCUUUCAAGAGAAAGACGCUCCCAGAUAUCUUCCUGGGUUUUUGGUUCAUGUUGUUGUAUAUGCGGUUUACCUUGGCCUUGUUAUUCUCACCCGUAUUGUCCUCAUGGCCAAGAACCGCCGCAAGAUGGCAGCAGUGGCUGAGAUAACUCAUGAUCUAGCGUUCGAAGAUUUGACUGACACGGAGAACCCGAAUUUCCGUUAUGUUUAUUAGCGCCAUAUGGGGUGAGGGGACAUGUUUUUUGCCUUUUCGGUCAGUGGGCAUGGAUGAGGCGGAACUGCCUUAAGAUUGCAAGAUACUGGGUAGUUAGUUGUGUUACAGCUGAGCCGGAGAUAGGAGGAGA